GGUGACACUCUUUGACACACUGUCACACACAGUGGGAGGAGGUGUUCAGGCUUAUCCACACUCCAAAUCGAAACGACCAAAUUUCCAACAAAAUGGCUCUCCUUCUCUGCUCCAAUCCUCUCACCUCUCUCUCCUCCUCCUCCUCCUCUUCUUCUUCUUCUUCUUCUUCUUCAUUUUGGUCCUCGUCAUCAUCAUCAUCAUCACCAACCUUUUCCAUCAAUGCUACCGCAAUCUCCAGGUUGCACAUGAAACCCACUGAUCUGCAGCCAAAAUCUUUCAAAGGAAUUCGGAUUUGCGCACCCUUUAUCAACAACAGGACGGGUUUGAUAAUUGUCAGAGCUUCUUCUGACAUUGAUGGAGCGGGUGGUGAGCCUUCUUCAGGUAGCAAGGAAGAGGCUGAGAGCAAGGAAGAGGUUGUGCCGGUUGAGAAACUCCCGUUGGAAUCGAAGCUGCAGGAGAGGAUGGAGCAGAAACUGAGGAUGAAAUUGGCGAAGAAGAUAAGGCUUAGGAGAAAGAGGCUUGUUCAAAAGCGGAGGUUGAGGAAGAAAGGCCGAUGGCCGCCCUCGAAGAUGAAGAAGCUAAAGAAUGUCUGAACUUUGCCUCACCUUGUCAUUGCAGGUUAUGUGCUGACCCUUUUGCUUCUUUCUGUCAUUCUAAUUUGUUUUUGCGAGCUCAGACAACAUCUUUGUUCACUAUUAAGGACUUCAAUGGAUGUAACAUUUUCCAAUUCGUUUUGAAGUUGAAUUGUAGAUGGUUUAAAGUUGCA